ACUCGGGUAGUUACUGGGGAACCGAGCAGACGCUCAGACACUUCCGAGCCUUGAGAAAUCCGUUCUCCCGCCAGGCUUCGGUGUGAGUUAAAGUCGGGCAGCCGGAAAGCGACAGGCUCAGACCCGCAGCCGGUGGCCUCGUAGCGCCGGGACGCCUGGAUACCGGGAGAGCGCUGGGACUCUCCGAGCCCGGCGCGGGGGUUUCCGCAUCUUACGGGCGGGGCCGGAAGAGGAAGUCGCGCUGCCGUGGCGGCCGCUGUAGCAGCGGCGGUCCAGUCGUAGCCCGGCCGCCCGCGCCUGUCCGGUCCGGCCCGGCCACGGAGGCAGCGCAGCGGCGGGACCCCAAGCCUACCCCGCCGAGUGAGCUGCGCCGCACCGUGCCGUCCCACCCGGCACCCACCAGUCCGAUGGGGCCGCAGCGGCGGCUGUCCCCUGCCGGGGCCGCCCUACUCUGGGGCUUCCUGCUCCCGCUGACAGCCGCUCAGGAAGCAAUCUUGCAUGCGUCUGGAAAUGGCACAACCAAGGACUACUGCAUGCUUUAUAACCCUUAUUGGACAGCUCUUCCAAGUACCCUAGAAAAUGCAACUUCCAUUAGUUUGAUGAAUCUGACUUCCACACCACUAUGCAACCUUUCUGAUAUUCCUCCUGUUGGCAUAAAGAGCAAAGCAGUUGUGGUUCCAUGGGGAAGCUGCCAUUUCCUUGAAAAAGCCAGAAUUGCACAGAAAGGAGGUGCUGAAGCAAUGUUAGUUGUCAAUAACAGUGUCCUAUUUCCUCCCUCAGGUAACAGAUCUGAAUUUCCUGAUGUGAAAAUACUGAUUGCAUUUAUAAGCUACAAAGACUUUAGAGAUAUGAACCAGACUCUAGGAGAUAACAUUACUGUGAAAAUGUAUUCUCCAUCGUGGCCUAACUUUGAUUAUACUAUGGUGGUUAUUUUUGUAAUUGCGGUGUUCACUGUGGCAUUAGGUGGAUACUGGAGUGGACUAGUUGAAUUGGAAAACUUGAAAGCAGUGACAACUGAAGAUAGAGAAAUGAGGAAAAAGAAGGAAGAAUAUUUAACUUUUAGUCCUCUUACAGUUGUAAUAUUUGUGGUCAUCUGCUGUGUUAUGAUGGUCUUACUUUAUUUCUUCUACAAAUGGUUGGUUUAUGUUAUGAUAGCAAUUUUCUGCAUAGCAUCAGCAAUGAGUCUGUACAACUGUCUUGCUGCACUAAUUCAUAAGAUACCAUAUGGACAAUGCACGAUUGCAUGUCGUGGCAAAAACAUGGAAGUGAGACUUAUUUUUCUCUCUGGACUGUGCAUAGCAGUAGCUGUUGUUUGGGCUGUGUUUCGAAAUGAAGACAGGUGGGCUUGGAUUUUACAGGAUAUCUUGGGGAUUGCUUUCUGUCUGAAUUUAAUUAAAACACUGAAGUUGCCCAACUUCAAGUCAUGUGUGAUACUUCUAGGCCUUCUCCUCCUCUAUGAUGUAUUUUUUGUUUUCAUAACACCAUUCAUCACAAAGAAUGGUGAGAGUAUCAUGGUUGAACUUGCAGCUGGACCUUUUGGAAAUAAUGAAAAGAAUGAUGGAAACUUGGUGGAAGCCACUGGUCAACCCUCAGCUCCCCAUGAGAAAUUGCCAGUAGUCAUCAGAGUACCAAAACUGAUCUAUUUCUCAGUAAUGAGUGUGUGCCUCAUGCCUGUUUCAAUAUUGGGUUUUGGAGACAUUAUUGUACCAGGCCUGUUGAUUGCGUACUGUAGAAGAUUUGAUGUUCAGACUGGUUCUUCUUACAUAUACUAUGUUUCGUCUACAGUUGCCUAUGCUAUUGGCAUGAUACUUACAUUUGUUGUUCUGGUGCUGAUGAAAAAGGGGCAACCUGCUCUCCUCUAUUUAGUACCUUGCACACUUAUUACUGCCUCAGUUGUUGCCUGGAGACGUAAGGAAAUGAAAAAGUUCUGGAAAGGUAACAGCUAUCAGAUGAUGGACCAUUUGGAUUAUGCAACAAAUGAAGAAAACCCUGUGAUAUCUGGUGAACAGAUUGUACAGCAAUAAUAUUAUGUGGAACUGCUAUAAUGUGUCAUUGAUUUUCUACAAAUAGACUUCGACUUUUUAAAUUGACUUUUGAAUUGACAAUCUGAAAGAGUCUUCAAUGAUAUGCUUGCAAAAAUAUAUUUUUAUGAGCUGGUACUGACAGUUACAUCAUAAAUAACUAAAACGCUUCGCUUUUAAUGUUAAAGUUGUGCCUUCACAUUAAAUAAAACAUAUGGUCUGUGUAGUUUCCGA